UCUAGCUUUUUGUUUGUUAAGUGAAAUUAAGAUUCUCUCCCAAAUUUGAUGGCUCUGAAUCAAGAUCCUCAGAUCUCAGCUUCCUGAGUAGUCAGGGUUACAAGCAUGAGCCAUCAUGCCCAGCAAUAUUUAAUGAUUUUUAAAAGCAACAGGUCAAGUAAAUACAUUAUUAAGUAAUGGGUUAAGAGCUAGAUAAUAGGCAGAGAGAUGGAUGGAAGUCUAAUCUUCUAAUUCUUUAAAUCAGACUGAUGAUGUCACUGGGGAAAAGAGGGUCAGUUGGAACCUGGUGUCUGGCAGUUACUGGAGGAGGUGUGAGUGGGCAGAAGGUAUCCAUAAUCCACCGUGGGUCCCUUAAACCUCAAAGCUGCCAAUAUUUUGUGUGCUGGCUAUGUGCCAGAGACACAGGAUACUUUGGGACUGACAGAGCUACCCAUAAUGGAAGACAACUCUCCACACUUGGUGACUCCAGCAUCAGUGAAGGCCAUCCUCUCAAGGAUUGAGACUGCCCAGCUAACUCGAGUUCAAGAGGGUAUUUCUAACCAGCUCUCAGAUAUCUUGGGCAAUGUCAAGAGUGUCAUCAACCGCUUCCAGGAAGAAUUGGGAUACGAUAUAAAAGAAAAAGCAAUCAUUCACAAUGCUGGACAAACGGGCAAAAAGAGACACAUCUUGCUGAAGAAAAUCGCCUCCUUCUCCCAAGAUGCUAAGGUGAAAGAGAGACACCUGUAUGACAUCCUCUGCUGGCUGAGUGACUGGGGUGGCAGUUUGACCUAUGAGCUCAAACAGAGUGAGGAGGAAGAGGAGGCCUUGGAUGAAUGGAUUGAGGUGAUGGAGAAAGUAUUACCUCUCUCCCUCGUGACCACCAAAGGAGGCAUCGAAUCUCUCAUUUCCCUGUGCUCCACUCUCAUUGAAGAUCAAAAGAAAAAGGCAAGAAUGUCCAAACACAUCUUCUGGAAGGACUGGAUAGAAAAAAGCUCACAAAAGUCUGCACAGCACCCUCAGCCACUGAGCCCAGAGCAAAUGCUCCAGGACAAUCACAUCACCAACACAAAAGUCUCUGAGGUGACAGCCAUGCUGCAGGAGCUCCUGGACUCUACCAUGUUCAAUAACAGGGAGGCCGGAGCCAUCAGGUACAUGGUCACUGUGGUAGAGAACCUCAACAAGGCCUUGAUCCUCCAGCAAGAGGAGAAUAAGAGCCUGGAGACCAAAUACAGGUACCUGAAGACAGAGAUGACCAAAGAGCUCACCAACCAGAAGCUGUGCUUCCAGAAGUCUACUGAAACCCUUGAGAGCAAGAGGAAUGCCCUACUAAAGCAGGUGGAGAUUCUAGGGAAAAAGUACCAUGAACUCCUCUUGACAAAGCACGACCUUGAAUUCCAACUGAAGCAGGCUCAGAUUGCUAUAGACCAGGCCAAAGUCCAGAAGAAGGUUUUCCUUAUUCCUUUUGAGCUCCCUGAGAAAGAUGCUCUUCUAAAGAAAGAAAAAGCCAUGGAAGAAACUGACCUGGAGCUCCAGGAAGGGGAGAAGUACCUGGCUUCUUUACUUUCCCCACCUCCCGUGACCUCAGCCUGGGACAGUGAGGGUACCUCUUCAACACAGUCGCUUUCCACCAUGAGCCCAGAGCUGAGGAUCGCAGAUAUAUUCAGUGGCAAGGACACUGGGAACCUUGUGCCACUCUCAGAGGAAGACUUUCCUACAGAAGAUGAGAGACUGGUGGCAGAAGGCCCAGGGCCUGAAGACAGAGAUCAGGAAGACCACUUCCAAGAGAAAAGAACCCAAAUGAGAUCUCACCUGUCCCCAGAGUCAGUGGAGAGAGAAGCUGAGCGCAGGGAGGAGGAGUUUAUCUGGGAGAGACGGAGGCAGCAGUGGCUGCAGGAGGAGGAGAGAUGGCUGCAGCGACAGAGGAAGUGGACCCUGCAGGAGCUAGAACACCACAACAGACUGCGACAGUGGGAGAUGGAGGCAGCCGCCAGGCAGCAGCAACAACAGAAAUCCUCCGGUCCUGAAGACGAGCCAAAGGAGGACAGGCGGAUCUUCAUCACCACCAACCGGUGGAGGAACCUGGAGAAGGCAGAGAGGUCCACCGUGCCUCCCGCAAGGCGGGCUCAGUCAGCUCGCCAAGGCAAGCGGCCACAGGCGCCUGGGACCCCCCACACCCCGCCGCGGGGACUGGGAAACCAGAGGGCAGUGAGCGCAGCAGAGCUUACCCGGACAUCAAAACCCAGCCAGGUUCCCACCAGGCCCAAGAAAGCCGCUUCCUUUCCCAUCACUGGGACAUCCAUUCGAAGGGUGACCCGGCCCUCUAUGCAGAGAUCAGUCAUCCCCAAAGAGAAGGUAUACCACAUGAACAUGGAGGCCCAGAGGGAGAACCUGCAGCUUCUGAGAGGCCAUUCGGAGCUGGCAUUGCCCAACUACCUGCGCAGCAAGGCCCUGUUGCUCAUCACGACCACCAUGGAUCUGAGCUCUGCCAGGCUGCAGUGCCUGUGCCAGAAGUACAUCCUCUACAGACACUUCCAGAGCCUCCGACAAGAGGUGACGAACCACAUACAAAUCUUGCGAGAAUUGAGGACCCCUUACAAGAUCCACAGCUUCUACAUCUUACUAGAAAACAUUGAGCACCAGCAGAACCUUGGCCUACAGACCUGGACAGACAGGCAGAAGGACUUGGAGGCCAAGCGCAAGGAGUGCCUGAACAGCAUGGUGACCAUGUUCCCCAAGCUCCAGCUAGAGUGGAACAUUCAUCUGAACAUCCCUGAGGUCACCUCUCCAAAGCCGAGGAAAUGCAAGUCAUCCUCAGUCCCUCGUCCCCAGUGUGCCCGCUCCAGCGGCCCCAUGUGCAAGCAGCCCUCACUCUCCAAGCACCGGGAAUGCACGCCCCUGUGGAUGGCCAGCCAACAGGGAAACCAGAUGGAUGCCAUCUGGAAAACAGAUGUGGCCUCUUCUAGUUACCCAAUAGAAAAGAAGAUCCCUGCCAGCCAAGCCUGGGACCAGGUGGGGGGACACCCAGAUAUCCCCCGACUGCUGGCAAGAGAUGAGCAGGCCUCCUACCAGAAGGACCACUCAAAACCUGGUCUUAACUCUUGCAGGGCCUCCAUGACUCAACAGAGGGAAUGCCAGAAACCCACACUUGAGCUAGCCGAGUUUGUCAGCAAAAAGUCAACCAAACUACUCCUCGGAACCCCACAAAGCCAGAAGAAUCAAGACACAGCUUCAGUCCCCACUCCAUCCCUUAACUAGUGAUUCUCAAGCUUCAGGGUGACUAAAAACCACAUAGGGAUCUGUUCCAAGUGCAGGUUCCCAGUUGGUGCUUUUCAAUAAAAACACUCCUGGAUGUUAAGAAGUCAUCUGAGGACUUUAAGAAACACGAUUUUUUUCCUUAGUCUCCAA